CCCCCAGAACCGCCCUCCCGCGGUAGGUGCCUUGGUCCACCCUGGGUCAGCCGAGCUCGGGAAUGUCUAGCCCCCCCACCCCUCCUCCUCUUCCGUGGGGUGUAGGGGGCUGGUACUAGGAGACGCUGCAAGUCUGCCCAGGACUGAGGCUGGCACCAGUCAGGGCCUAGGUGGCCCCAGGCGGACACAUCUGUCUUCCCUCUCAGUGUGGCUAAGGUAGAGGGCUGGGGGAGGGGUGCCACACUGUGACCCUGGCAGGCUGGAGGUCUGGAGUGUGGGUUCCAGAGUUUGGGGUUGGGUAGGUGAAUGGAGCAGGGUCCGAAACUGGGCCUCUGUUUUCCCCUCUGAUUAAGGAGUAUUCAUUAAAUCUCCAACAAAUGUUUAUAAAGUACCUGCUGUAUGCCAGGAGACACUGUUCAGUAUGCUGGGCACACAGUAGGGACCAAGUAGUGCCCCCAUGGAGCCCACAGUCAAGACAAUAAGCAAAAACUGUGAAAGGUCACAGCAGUGUGUGCCAAACGCAGAGGGUGGUUUGUCAGGCAGCUUCCCCACUGGCCUGGUGUGAGGAUUCCUCUGAGCCAGGCAUGGAAAGUUGGCCUGCACAUAGGUGCUCAGUAAACACUUAUUGAAUAACUGCCCCUUCAGUUUCCUAUACAUGUUUCAGAGGCAGUCUGGUUAUGUUUUGCUUUCCAGGUCUUGUAAUAUUUCUUAAUUAGCCAAAAGGAGUGAAUUGUGCCUGUACUAUGCACCAGUGCUGGUGGGAGCAGACUAGACUCGUUGAUUGUCCCCGACACUAGGAAGUCAGCUCUUCUGUUUGGGUCUCUGCUAUUUCCUUCUCCUGACCAGCAUUUCAACACGUCAGGCCAUUUCCAGGCAGCCACUUACCUCCUUACCUCCUUCCCCCCAGCGCUGCCUUUCUUGUCUGCACCACUCCUGUCCUCUGCCCAGUCAGGCCCCCCCAAGCCUCUACUCCCUGAAGCUGGCAACCCCCAUGCUCUCUCUUCCCUGUGGCUGACCUUCCUAGAAACACCGACCUUGGCCCUGGUGCCCCAGUGGACCAUAUGACAUCUACUUAAAAUGAAUUUUUUUAAAAUCUUGAAUCCUAGACUAGGGUCCCUCAACAUCAGCACUUAGCAACAUUUGGGGCCAGAUCAUUCUCUGUGGAGGGCUGUGCUGGGCACUGUGGGGUGUUGAGCAGCAUCUCUGGUCUCCACCCACUCGAUGCCAGGGGCACCUCUCCCCAUAGUCAUGACAACCAGAAAUGUCCCCAGACAUCUCCCAGUGUCCCCUGGGGGAAAGAGUUGCUCCCAGUUGAGAAGUACUGCUCUAGUCUGUAAAUACCCACUGUGGGUACUGGUCAGGAACAGGCAGUAGGCCUCAGCCUGCCGAGCUAAGGGGCAGAUACAGUGUCCUUGGCCCCCUGGAAUGGAGCUAAGGCUGUGUUUUUCCCAUGAAUAUGACAUGCUUUAAGCAUUUGGUGACUUAAAUUACAGAGUUUGGGAUACCCUCCUUGAUGUCUUUGUUAUAUGCCCUUGGAAAGGUCUUCUCCCUGACCCUGUUUUCUCUCCACAACAUUGGGAGGAUAUGAGUACUAGGCUCAUUUGUUCAUUCAACAAGUAUUUGUUAGGCACCUGUUCUGUGGUUCAGAGUCCCGGCAGUGCCCAGGAGACACUCAGCCUAUACUCUCUGAUGCCCACUGGUCAGAAGGCAGAUAAUAAAUGCAAAAAGUUUAAUACACAAGAAAAGUUUGCCCAGUGGCAAACUCUGUUGUGGGGGGAACAGAGUGAUGUGGGAGAGACAGACUGGUAUGGGGAGCUGAGGUAGUCCUCGAGGGCUCCAUUGUACCUGAGGUGGUGCUAUUGUACCUGAGAGUUGAGCUUCGACAGUAAGGUUACUCAGGUAAAGGUCUGGGGAUAAGGUGCUCCAAGCAGAGGGAAUAUAGUGUCUGCAAAGAGCCAGAAGUGGGAAUCAGCAUGGCAUUUUUUGAGAGAGAAGAUGUAGCCUCCAUAUGGGUUGGCAGUGCUGUUAGGCAUAGAGCCAGCACACGGUAAUUGUUAGCACACCAUAUUAAUAAUGCUACUUAUAUCAGUUAGCUAUGUAUAGCUGUGUAACAAAUCACCCCAGAACUUUGUGGCUUAAAAUCAACAAACAUGUAUGAUCUCACAGUUUCUGAGUGUCAGGUGUCUAGGGGCAGAUAGGUGAGUGGCUCUGUCUCAGAGUCUUUCACAGGGUCACAGUCAAGCUGUCAGCUGGGCUGCUUCAUCUGAAGACUUGACUGGGGCUGGACUCGAUGGGAGUCCAAGCUUGCUUCCCAUGUCUCUGGUGGCGGGGGCCUCAGUUCCUCGCCGCAUGGGCCUCUCUGCAGGGCAGCUCACAACAUGGUUUACCCCCAACAGCAUGACAGAGAAAAAGUGACUAAGAAGAAAGCCAGUGUGUUUUAUAACUUAAUGUCAUGAGUGACACCCCAUCAGUUCUGCCGUUGUCUCUCAGUCACAGAGGUCAGCUCUGGCACUGUGUUGGAAGGACUACCUAAGGCCGUGAACGCCAGGGUGUGGGGUUCACUGGGGCCAUCUAGGAGGCAGACUACUUUCCUUUCAAACAUGUAUUGAGCACCUGUUGACUUCCAGUCAGUGGACCCAGAACUUUCCAUACAUUAACACAACUCAGUUCCCUGAAACAAUCCCAUAAGUGUCAGUAUAGUCCUACCGUUAGGGGGACAAUCUCUGGAACCAGACUGCUUGGAUUAAAAUCUCAGCUCUGUCACUGGUUGUAUGAUUUUGGGCAAGUGACUUUACCUCUUGGCUCACUUUCUUCAUUUGCAAGUGGGGGAAUAGUAGUGUCUACCUGGUGACAUCAGGCAAGUGUAGGACACUCUCUUCUUGCAGAGGAGGAAACAGGUUGAGGAAGGUGACCCAAGGUCCUACUGAUAUGAUAGGUCAUGGUGGCCUUUGAAGGCAGGCAGGCAUGGGUGUCUGGGCUCCUUCCCAGGGCUUCCCCCUUUCUGGUGGUAACCAUGCGUUUCCUGCUUCCCACAGGUCUGCUCCCGUAGUUCCCGUGAGUCUGGUAUGGUGAGCGAGUAGGGGACGCUGGGCGUGCAGGAAGGCAGGCGGUGUGGAACAUGCCUCCACCAGCCAGCGCUUCUCCUGCCAUCAGAGGCCACACCCGUCUUGCCCAUGGCCUGCACGGGCCCGUCACUCUCCAAUGCCUUUAGCAUUCUAGGCACGGCGGGCCAGGACAAGCUACUGUAUCUUAAGCACAAGCUGAAGACCCUGCGCCCAGGCUGGCAGGGGGCAGACCUCCUGCACGCCAUGGUGCUCCUGACACUGGGCCAGGAGACAGAGGCCAGGAUCUCCCUGGACGCCCUCAAGGCAGAUGCGGUGGCCCAGCGUGUGGCCCGCCAGUGGGCUGGCAUGGACAUCAGUGCUGAGGCCACGGAGGAGCCCCCAGAUGAAUCCUGGGCCGUUGCCCGGGUGUACCACCUGCUCGUUGAGGAGAAGCUGUGCCCAGCCUCAAUGCGGGAUGUGGCCUACCGGGCAGCCCUGCACUCUUUCAGCUCCAGGGAUGACCCCCAGCUCGGGCAGCUCUGGGAGGAGGCCCGGGACCUGUGCGGGUGGGACAUCGUCAGAGACCUUGGGGACUUCCAGCCCCUCCACUCUGCUCUGGGCUGCCUCCCACCAUCCUCAGCAUCGCCUUCUGGGACCCGCAGCUGUCCUCAGCCCAUUGAGGACCCCUUGGGCUGGAGCAGAGGAUGCUCCCUGAGAUCCACCGGCAGCCCAGCCUCCCUGGCCAGCAACUUGGAAAUUAGCCAGUCACCUACCAUGGCCCUCCUCAGCCAGCACUGCAGCCCUCGUGGGCCCAGCAAGCUGUGUGAUGAACCCCCGGUGCCCAAGUCUGUCCCUGCAGGCUUCCAGGAGCCUGAGGAGAUGAGCUGGCCCAUGUCGGAAGAAAUUGCUGACAUCCUGGUGCCACCAGAUAGCCCAGCCCCCAUGCUUCCUGCGGUGGCCUUAGAUGUAAGCCCUGCUGGCCUCUCCAACCCCCCUGACGCUCCAGACACCAGCACCCACUACCCGGUGGAAUGUACAGAAGUGUCACCAGCCCCCAAAUCUCUCUCCUUGCCCUCCAGAGACACCUGCCCUGUCAAGGACCAGAUACCACUACAAAUUCCCGUAGAAGAUACCACUUCCCCGACAGUCCAGCCAUGCCCACCACCUCCCUCGGCCCCAAAGACAUCCCCUCCCUAUUCUUCUCAAUCGACUCCUUGUUCGGCUCACCCGGUCCCCUUGGCCCCAUGUCCCCCUUCUUCCGAGUUAGAGUUGUCGGAGCAGAAAUUCUAUAACUUUGUGGUCUUGCAUGCCAAGGCGGACGAGCACAUUGCCCUGCGUGUGCGGGAGAAGCUUGAGGCCCUGGGUGUGCCUGAUGGAGCCACCUUCUGCGAGGAUUUCCAGGUGCCUGGGCGCAGCAAGCUGCACUGCCUGCAGGAUGCCAUAGACCACUCGGCCUUCACCGUCCUGCUGCUUACUGCCAACUUCGACUGUCGCCUGAGCCUGCACCAGGUGAACCAGGCGCUGAUGUGCAGCCUUACACGGCAAGGGUGGCAAGACUGUGUGGUCCCUUUCCUGCCAGAGGAGAGCUCCCUGUCCCAGCUCAGUCCUGAUACGGCCAACCUGCUCACCAGCCUGGUGUGGCUGGAUGAGCACUCCUCGAUCUUUUCUAAAAGGGUAGCCAACACCUUCACGCCUCAUAAGCUGCGGGCUCGCAAGGCCAACUGGAGAAAGGAACAGGAUGCUCGGGCCCUGCGGGAGCAGCGCCAACAUCUGGAGAACGAGCGACAGCAGGCAGCGGCCUUGAAUGCCACAUACGCAGCCUACCUCCAGACCUACUUGUCCUGGCAGACGCAGAUGGAGCAGCUCCAGCUAGCUUUCAGGAACCACAUGACAAUUGGGGCUCAGUUGCCCUCUGGGGCUCAGGUGCCCUAUGGGGCUCAGGGGCCCCUGGGAGCCCAGCCACCCUUUCCUACCUGGCCCGGCCACCAGCCGCCAACCCUGCCUCCACAGCCAGCUGGCACCACAAGCCCAGCCUUCCCUCAGCCUCCGGUCUUCCCACAAGCCUCACCUGGGCCCCCUCAGAGCCCAGGGCUGCAGCCCCUCAUCAUCCACCACGCACAGAUGGUGCAACUGGGGCUCAACAACCACAUGUGGAACCAAAGAGGGGCCCAGGCCCCUGAGGACAAGACACAGGAAGCGGAAUGACCAAGUUACAAAGCCUGAUGACCUUGACUUUAGACCCCCUCUGGGCUGGACCUUGGAGACCCCCCAUCUCCAGGGGGUGCAGUGGCAGAUGGGGUCAUCUGCUGUUUUCAGGACAUUCCUGGGGACACCUUUAUGUCUCAGGAAAUUGUGCAAAAUGGGCCCUGAUGCCUUUCUGGCUCUUGGGGAAGCCAGAAUUGGACACGGUACUUAUAAACUCUGUGUAUGGUGGUGGUAGGGAAUGGGCUAGGGGAUAUUAGUACUGUGUUUUAAUUAUAAUAAAUAUUUAUUGAAUGCUU